AUGGCUUCAAGAGAGCGGCCGCCCUCUCCAGUCGACCGCCCUUCGGACUGCGUGGAAAUCCCACACCGACUAGAACUUCAUCAAGAUGAUGAUGUGGCCAUUCUCGUCAACCACAUCAGUGGCGAGCGAGUCGUGCUGGAGACCAGGACGGACGAUAACAAGGUCCACUACAGUCCUGACCAGCGGCACGGCUUCGUGGUGAUGAAUGGCAAGUCGGUCUGGGCGAGACUCUUCAAGUGGCACGCUUUCGAGUGUCGUCGCAGUCGAGAGCCGUUCCUCGUGCACCGCUUGAGCCAAUCGGCGGGCCUGGUUCUUCAGUGGCUAGACGAGGGCAUUGGGCGAACGUGGAGGAAGUUGACUUUGCCGGAGCAAGUCGAACCGGUCGUUACACUGGAGUUCGAUCGCCCGUACCGCAGCAGCGGUUGCUGCAUUUUCUGGUCUUUGCAAAGUCUGUUGAAGAGCUUCUUGCCCCCACAAACGGUGACUCAGUCCAAGAUUAGCACUUGGAUGCGAAAGUCGUGGCGGAAGGUGUUACAAAGCCAUCUUGGCCGAGGAGUCGUUAUGGAUGACCACAUCCUCACGACAGAUCGCCAAGCGGCCGCUUCUUCUUCAGUCGGCCAAGCAGAUGCAGUCGUGCUCGACUCAGAUGAUGUCGCAGUCGAUCCGGCUGAUGCAGUGGUCGCAGACCACCCCCCAGCUGCUGCCGCCCUCGCGGAACGGGACGCCUUACUAUUACAAGUAGACAUCACUAUGCUGUCCACAGUCGCUGCUUUGCAACUGUUGUUGCACAUGUGCAACAAGCCUCCUCAGGAAUGCUCGGAAGAGACUGUUCGGCAAUUCAGUCGCAGUCUUAUGGCCUUUUUUCAUGUGGGCCAAAAGUCGACACGUUCAGUCGACCACUCCGAAUACCUCAGCUUGGUGUUCGAGAAGGAGUACAAUCCGAGCAUGGGCAGGAGCUGCGGGGAACCGCUGUUCAACGUUUCGGGCAACCUCGCGUUUGACAGAGUGGACAAAUCCUGCAACUGGAAGCAGCUCUCCCGCCAAGAGAAGAAGAGCGUCAGUUUGCACAACAACGCGGACAUACUGGCCUUGCUUUGGAGCACUCAGCGAAAAAGCAACUGCCAGUGGAUCUGUGAUCAACUGUGCUUCCAAGUCGCUCAAGUCGUGGAAGCUGGAAGGUUCUUGGUUUUCCACAAGUCGUUCGUCGUCCUGACUCAGAGCGAGAGUGGCAGCACGAUCAAGCCGCGAAGGUCUCUCAGUGAUCCCGCUGUUCUGGCACACCGCGCACGUCAAGGCUUGAAAGAGUCGGGCAAGAAGAGCAAGAAGAAAAGAAAAAAGGGCGAGGCCAAGUCGAACCCGCGGGCGAUGGACGACAAGAAGGACCUGGUGAGGUACUUCUACGGCUGCCGGAGGGCGAUGGCAGACACCAAGGUCUUGGCCAUCGCUGAUGACGAGUCGCGUGUGGGCGGGAAGGAGCGGCUCAUGCUCUGUGCGAUGAACGAGCAGGGAGUCGCCUGCUGGGCACCGCCACAGGAAGUCAGGGACAUGAAGAUCCGCUUGGCGCAACCUGGGGAGCCAGUCGAACAAGUCGACAAAGAUAUCUGGAAGGAGCGAGCUCGUCAAUUCCUGAAGCGAGAGGCUGGCCGACAGCACGAACUGGAGCAGGACACCGCAGUCGUCCGCAAGCGGCUCCGCCCUCCGGCCCGGUUGCCUUCCUUCGACCUCUUGCUCGCGAAGAACAAUGCUUUGGCCUGCGUGACCGGCAAUGGCCUGGAUGCAUAUGUUCCGAAGGAUACAGACAAGAACGUGCCGCUUUGGGAACGACACACACUAGUCGAGUGCAGCGAUCAAGGGCCAAUUCCUGUCUCGACGGACUCUUUCGAGCUUCAUCAUCUUCGUUUGAGGAAGUGGUGGUCGGAAGUGACAGAAGCUUGGACUGAGUUCGUCGCAACGGCGGAUAAAGGCGAUCCGCUCAUUGCUGCGACAGUCCGUCGCAUGAGUCGCUUUGGCGCUGGAGUCGCAGUCGACCAGUUCAUUCAGGACAUGCGGGAUGGCAGCAGCAACUUUCUGCAUCGCAGGGGCGAGUCGGUCCAGCCGAGCCGCUGGUUCACUUGGCAAGAUGCGAUCAUGAAGCGGCUUGCCAAUCCUGCUGAUCUGCAUCUCCAGUACCUCGUGAUGUUGUUCCAUGGCAUAUCCAUGGGAUACUUGGCUCCGUCCUGCAAGUUUUUGUUUAAUCAGCAGGCAUGA